UGCUUCAUGGAAGAGGUUAAGGAACACCCGUACGUCUUGCAAUGUGAAGCCGCUAAGCCGCUGAUUGUUGACACCUUUAAAUUUAUGUACGAUCUGGACUUUUUGAAUCCUCAGGCUGACGAGCUUACCACGCCACCAUUGGCAAUGCCAAGGCUACCUCACGAAGUCAUCUUUGCGAUUGGCGGCUGGAGCGGUGGUACCUCAAAAGGAUGCAUCGAGACUUAUGACACAAGAGCCGAUAGAUGGGUAACCAUUAAUGCAGAGGAUCCUGCUGGUCCGCGCGCGUAUCAUGGAACCGCAGUGCUGGGUUUCAAAAUAUUUUCGAUUGGCGGAUAUGAUGGCGUAGAGUAUUUCAACACAUGCCGCGUUUUUGAUGCUGUAAAAAAAAAAUGGAACGAAAUCGCGCCAAUGCAUUGCAGGCGCUGCUACGUAAGUGUAACAGAACUAAAUGGCAUGAUAUAUGCUAUCGGCGGCUACGACGGCCAUAACCGCUUGAACACCGUGGAGCGGUAUAAUCCAAGGACCAACCAAUGGUCCGUUAUCCCGCCAAUGAACAUGCAACGUUCUGAUGCCAGCGCCUGCACUUUGCAAGAACGCAUCUAUGCCACAGGGGGAUUCAACGGCCAGGAAUGCCUAGAUAGCGCCGAGUAUUAUGAUCCCGUAACCAACACUUGGACUAGAAUACCUAACAUGAAUCAUCGUCGGUCUGGAGUGAGCUGCGUGGCUUUUAGGAACCAGCUUUACGUUAUCGGCGGCUUUAAUGGUACAGCGCGUCUUUCUACCGGAGAACGCUUUGAUCCGGUCACUCAGACUUGGCACUUCAUCCAUGAAAUGAACCACUCGCGCAGCAACUUUGGGCUUGAGAUUAUAGACGAUAUGAUCUUUGCUAUCGGCGGCUUUAACGGCGUCUCCACGAUCUCUCAUACGGAAUGCUAUGUAGCUGAAACAGACGAAUGGAUGGAAGCCACAGAUAUGAAUAUUGUUCGCUCCGCCUUGUCUGCCAAUAACAUAGCUGGGCUCCCAAACAAGCGAGACUACAUACACAAAGAGCGGGAUCGUCUAAUGGAAGAGCGGCGUCAGCGUCUUAUGGCAACCGCCAUGGCUCGGGAGAACAUAGGACAUGGCAAUGAAUCGCAGAUGUUAGUGGAAAGAAAUGAUACAGUUAUGGAUGACUACGAAAGUCCUGAUGAAGAAGACGAAGCUGAUGAGCAACAGCAUACAGCACACCUAAGCCGGAUUAUACCACCCUCCGUAGGGUUGCCAAACGGUGCUGAAACGGCAACAGUUCAACCUCAAUUGGUGUCCCCUGCUCAACUUAAUAGAGUAAUGGAGGAUCGCGGUCUGGAAAACAAUAGACGCAUUCAUGUGCAACUGCGAAACCAACGCCAUGGCUCGCACCAUGAAAUUCGUCGUCGUACUUAGCAAUUGGCAUCGACAUAUUGCUCGGAUACCAAAAAAAUACAUUCUCUUAAAAAGAGUGCAGAUAAAGCGUUAGCGUGUGGCAAGAUUUCUUCAAUCUUAGCCCACGUCCGUUAAACUAAUUUUUGGAAACUUUUACACAAAGAAAAACACAAGGGACAAUUGUCAAUAUACCAAAUUAAGACUAUAAAACUCGGCAUUUUUAAUUAAAAAUUAAAUUAACAAGAAAUUAGAUAGCCCAAUAGAUCUAGCUUACAUCAAAAUUGAAUGCAAUAAAUAAA